UACAAUUCAGCCAAACAGUCGAUGGACACCACGCACAUGCACGCUGACAAAUAGGUCGAAAUUGCGAUUUAUUUUGACUGAGGACCAGCGAAUAUAAGAUUUUCCUUAUUUGUAUGAAUAAAUUCACGCUAGCAUAGCAUCUUACAUCGUCACUGCCGAGGGCCGAGCUUGCUGUGGAGCUUGCACUUCUUCAUUUUGGCAGAAAGCGUAAGUUGAAGUUAAAGUUGAUUUUGUUUUGCCUUCCUGGCAAUUGUAUAUUGAUAUCAAUAUGGAAUUGUUGCAAAAAAAGCUGUGAAAUUUGGAGAGGCCAGUGUCCUUCAGGAUCUGGUACUAGCAACCUCCUUGAUACUCCUCUUGCCUCAUCAUUGAUGGCUGGUCUUGACUGUGUCCAGCAAAACCAGGCACAAAUCAUUUGUACAAGUGAAGCAAUUAAGCUACUGCCAUGAAGUCUGAGGGCAGACAUGGUUUCAUCCUUUUCUUGGUAUCAUGUUUGUCAUCUGCUCAAGGCAGCAUCACAGUGGACGAUGUGACGUGCGGCUCGGUGGUGAAGCUGAUGAACAUCGCGUACAAGUCGCGGCUGCACUCACACGACGUCAAGUACGGCUCCGGCAGCGGCCAGCAGAGUGUCACCGGCGUGGAGGACCAGGAUGAUGUCAACAGCCACUGGGCCAUCAUGGGCCCCACCGGCAAACACUGCGAGCGCGGUGAGCCGCUGGAAUGCGGCACGAGGUUGCGACUGCAGCACCUGACCACUAAGAAGUUCCUACACUCGCACCACUUCUCGUCGCCUUUGUCAAGAAACCAGGAGAUAUCGGCCUUUGGAAACAAAGGCGAGGGCGACUCGGGAGACAACUGGGAGCUGGUCUGCUCGGGCGACGAGUGGCGCCGCGGAGACUCGGUCAUGCUGCGACACGUCGACACGGGCGCCUAUCUGUCCAUGUCGGGCCACAGUUUCGGCCGUCCCAUCGCUGGCCAGAUGGAGGUGGUGGGCAUGAGCUCCCCCGACACCACGUGCAAGUGGCGCGUCCAGGAGGGCGUCUACAUCAAACCGUCGUCAGGCCACCAGCACGGCUCGCGCCACGACGAGCUGUAGGGUCGCUCCGCGCGCGCCGGCCGCCGUCUCCUGUGAUAGCUCGUACCGCGCCGCGGCGGCGCUAUGUGCCGCGAGUACGUGUCAACUCGGACCAGCUGCUCAGCUCGAAUUUCUACUCCGCUGGUGAUCCCUCAGUGCCCUGCCGGUGGCCCGUCGGUGUCGGGUCAGGUAUCUCGCAGGACCAGAAUGCGAGGGCCGCCCGGUGGACAGCUAGCGGGCUGGCCCGAGCUCCCAUGACCGCGUCGUGGGUGUGAGGAAGACCAGGGCAACUCGACAGGGACCUCCCGACCCGACUGUGCCGGCCUGGGUGGGUUGAGCCGGACAGAUGAACCGCGAGAGGUGAUUGAGAGUGCACUAGAGUGGACAACUUGGGACAUUCGUUUUGUUCGAGUGUUGGGGUGAUCGUGCAUUUGUCGUUGGCAUUGUUAGUAUUUUGUUUUGGUAUCAUGUUUCUUGCGAUAUAGUUUGAUUGACUGCAUGUAUAUUGUUGUCAUUCUCUGGUUGAUGUUUUAUUUCAGUGUGAAAAUUUCGUGGCUGGGCAUGCUUGUGUGAAACCGUGUGUCUUCAGACUGAUGUUCCCUGCGGAUUUUUACAUUUGCGCGCAAACGUAAGAUCGGCAAAAUUUUAUGAUAAAAGCAGAAAAGUGUGACAGCCAGUGGGACGCAAUAAAAGUAAAAAAAAAAAAAAA